AUGCCCGACACCGUGCCUUUCACAUAUCCACGACAAUAUGCGGGAUGGUGGUUCAUCACGGCCCCAAAUUGUGGUCGGGUCCAGCGCACCACGUGGGUUCUCAACAGGUUCGCGGUCGCUGCCACUUCCUCCGCGAGUAUGAAGGAGCACGAGGCUGUGGCGCGGUAUGGCCCACAGUUCCGCUAUGUUGAGGCCCGGGUUUACACGUCCCCGCGCACGUGCACCGUGCACGCGCUGGCCGCGCCGGCCAGCGAUCCACCCCCAGGCGUGCCGCGCAUGCCGUCGCUCGCGCGGCCGCAGCACGCGAGCCAGAAGCCAGCGUUCCUCGCGCUGUUUGAGGUGUUCUAUGAUGCGCAUACGCUCAAGGGCUGGCUGCACGCCGAACCGCUGCAGAAGUCCGCUGAGCUCACGCAGGCGCCGCAGCUGCAGCAGGAGCACAUCGACGAGCUCGUCAGCCCGUGGUAG